AUGAGCUCCGAUUUGGCACACAUAUAUGACCCCUUGGGUCUUAUUGGUCCAAUCUUGGUCACCGGUAAAAUCUUGUUGCAAGGAGCAUGGCAGCUAAAACUCGAUUGGGAUGAUGAUCUUCCGUCAGAAAUACGUAAACAAUGGACAUCGUAUAGAGAAGAUCUGGCCUUGUUGGACAAUGCAACAGUUGUGAGGCACGUAUUCAGCAGUCAAGGCUACAGCCAUGUUGAGCUGCACGCUUUUUGUGACGCCUCAGAAAAGGCUUAUGGUGCAGCAGUAUACAUUAGAACAGUACAAAAGGAUAAAACGAUAAAACUUAAUCUACUAUGCUCCAGAUCUCGUGUAGCACCCAUAAAAUCUCAAACAAUUCCACGACUAGAAUUGUGUGCAGCGUUGCUAGCAGCAGAACUCAUGGCAAGAGUUAAACUUGAUUUAGGCUAUCAAGACAAAGCAACUUACUUUUGGACAGAUUCACAAAUUGUGUUUUCCUGGAUAAACAAUCAUCCAGGCAAAUUACCCGUUUACGUCGCCCACCGCAUUGUAAAAAUCCUUCGGUUAACAAUUCCAGAACAAUGGCGUCACGUCCCGUCAAAACAAAAUCCGGCAGAUAUCCUGUCAAGAGGGCUUAAACCGCGGGAAUUUUCAUCAUGCUACAUGUGCUUUUAUGGUCCACUAUUUUUAUAUCAGCCAAAGCCGCUGUGGCCAGCUCCCUUCAAAAGGGAAUUAAUUGUUGAAGAUAACACGGUGGAGCUCGCUUUAUCAACACAACACCCUACCAAUGAGCAUGCAUGGGUCUACUCGAUUCAUUCAAGAAAUUUAUUCACACAUGUCCAAAAAGUUGUUGGAUAUGUACUUCGUUUCACAAAAAACGCACUUAAGGUAAUAAUAUGUCAAAUCCAGGCCUCCGAUUUUUCUGAUCUAAGGAAAAUGCUAGUUAAGGACAAAUUUGUGCCAAAAACUCAUAACCUCAGUUCUCUAACUCUGUUCGUAGAUGAAGAAGGGGUAAUACGUGUUGGCGGACGUCUAAGCUCUUCAACACUGCAAUUUGAUGCCAUUCAUCAAAUGAUUUUACCAAGCAACGAUCCACUAGUAAAGUUGCUGGUAGAAAAAAUACAUAAAGUCAAUUAUCAUUGUGGCGCCCAAGCAUUGCUGGCACAAGUGAGGCAGCGUUUUUGGCCCCUCAAAGGAAAAAGCUCGAUGAGAGCUGUAAUAUAA